AUGACAGUUAUAAUCAAUUAUUGGUUUCAUAAAGUAGGGGAAUUUUAUGAAAUGACGACGUUUUUCGAAGUCUCGUCAGAGAAUUUGAAAUCAGCUAAUCAAAGUGAUGUGAGUAAACUUUUUGAAAAG